AUGGAAGAAGAAGGUUCAAAGGGAAAAGCGAAGGAUGAAGAAGAGCAUGUAAAGUACAGAGGAGUACGUAGAAGGCCAUGGGGAAAAUAUGCAGCAGAGAUUCGUGACUCAAUGAAACAUGGUCAAAGGUCGUGGCUGGGAACAUUCACCACAGCAGAGGAUGCUGCUAGAGCCUAUGACAGAGCUGCAUAUGCCAUGAGAGGUCCCUUUGCAGUCCUCAAUUUUCCCGAUGAAUAUCCUCCUCCGGCUCCGACUGUUUCUUCAUCAUCUUCUUCUUCGUCUUCUUCGUCUUCUUCGUCUUCGUCUGUGUCCACUUCAAGCCAUGGACACGUGGAAAGAAGGGGAAGGGAAAGAAAUGAGGAUGAAAAUCAAGUGUUUGAGUUUGAGUACUUUGAUGACAAAUUGUUGGAGGAGCUUCUUGGUUAUGAUGAAGACAAAAGUAAGCAUGGGAAGUGAAACAUGGUACAUGUAUACAGUUUUACCUGAUACAAGGUAUGUCUGAAU